AUGCACUUUCCCAAGCUCACGCCUCUGCAGUCCCGAUUUGCGGCUUCGCUUACCGCAUCUUUAAUACUCGUUAUACUGUACCUUUCAAUAACACAUCCGCAAUUUGCGUAUGCCUCCGACGCCGACUCAGUAGCACAUAUCGACCACAACCAUCCGUUAUCAUUCGAACUGAACCCGGAAGAGGACGUGGUCGGCUUUAUAUUAGACGAAAAUGCCAGCGAAGACGAAGUUUACGAGGAAACGGGGAGAUACGAGGCUGAAUUUGCGGGGCUUAGUCGCGGAAUUGAUGGACGAGCGCCCCCGGGAGUCACUGCGCUAUCGAAUAAUGAUCCAAAGAACUUGGAUAUCUCCCAAGGAAAGUCUCAAUCUUACGUUUUUCCAAGUUCUGCGCUCUGGGGCUCUUAUGCUCCGACUUCAACCGGGUUGCCUUCUCCGGUCAAGGCAAGAUGGCUGGAUACUGCAGAUGGAAAGGAUCUGCUGAAUCUUGAAGAAGAUCUUGAGUCGGAUAUGGCAUGGAAUAUUCGCUGGGGAGGCAACGGACCUUUGGACAAGCGUCAAGAUGAAGAUGGGAAUAGCAGUAAUAGUUCACGGACGGUAUAUAUCACCUUGAACGCGUGCUUGCAACCAUCGGCGACAGAUUCCCGCAAUUACGAUCCACCCCCGCAACUGCAACUCUUUGCUACAAAUACCUCGGCAAAUGAGCAUCCGGGCCCCAAGGUGACUACGGAUAACAAUCAGAUCAACGCUACAGCAUAUGGUGGCUUUGCCGAGAUCACAUUUAAUGCUACUAGUGAUGUAUACAUAUCGGUGGUUGCACCUACAAAUUCGUCAUAUUCGGGCAUCUGGAAUUAUGACGUUGCGGUAUCCAUUGACGCUCCAUAUCAUAGUGUUGAGCUCUGGAGACCGAACCUACAUCUUGUGGAUAGCGACACGUACUCUGCCCUCCUCAUCACUGACAAUCUCACGGAGACAGCUUCAGACUCUCCAAUCUUCCAAGCGUGGAACAGAACCGCGCCACCGUUCGUCAUGUUCGCGAACAAUGUCAACGAAACAAAGAUACGCGGUCUUGAACACUCAUAUUGUGGAUUGAAGCAUAACGCCGAAAUUGCUGGCAUCGAUGACGGUCAAGGGGCCGACAUGGUGACUUCAGGAAUGACAUUGCGAGGAUUAGGCAAUAAGCCUAAGGAGCAGUUUUAUAUCCAGGGACUGAAAGGACACUCGACAUAUCACGGAAUUCUUGCAAUGCAAGGAAAUUCUACCAAGGAAGGUGCCGGAGUUGUCGGAGGAGGUGGGAAAGUUUGGCAGACAAUGAACUUCACCACCAUGACUGAUGGCAAUUGCCAAGUCAUUUUCAACUUAUCAUUCUGCAGCGAAGUUGCCUAUGCCGUCCCCUCCAAUCCUAAAACAUACCCCAAUAUCGGUGUCCUCACCGAACUCUACGACACCCACGCCGCCAGUCUGUUCAAAAACUUCUCUUACUCUCUUCAGCAGACGCCCUGCAAUACCACUAGUUCCGCGCAAUACUCUCUUGCCCGCGAUUGUGACGACUGCAGCAGGGACUACAAAACGUGGCUUUGCGCAGUGACCAUUCCCCGCUGCGCCGACUUCUCAUCUGACCUUCCUUUCCUUCAACCGCGCAACGUCGCCCAGCGAUUCAUUAAUGGAACUUCUCUCAGCCCCUCCCAACGAAUUUCCAAUGCAUCCUCGCCAUCAUCAUAUCUCUCCGCAAUAGCCUCAUCUUCAGCAACUGCCAUACCCGGCUCCGCCUUGCCUUCAGGUUCCUCCCUUCUUUCGUUACCUUCGUCAUCCCCUGUAUCUGUCCCGCCAUCCACCCUGCCCGGCACCAGCAACAGCCCAUUCGGAUAUGACUGGUAUGCCGCUGUCCGCGCGGCUCUCUACUCUGUUGCGUCGAAUUCCUCGCGCAAUCCGCUUAUUGACGAAAUGAUCCAGCCCGGGCCGUACAAGGAGAUUCUCCCCUGCGAGGACCUGUGCUACUCGAUUGUUCAAAGUUGCCCGGCUAGCUUAGGUUUCGGGUGUCCUUUGCGCAAGAAGGGGCUGGAAGUAAGCUACGGCAUGCGAAAUGACAGAGGGGUAAUCACGUGCAGUUAUUUGGGCGCUGCAUAUUAUUUGAAUGCUGCCGAGGCAAGAUUUGGUAGUGUGAGAAAUGUUGUUGGCAUAGCACUCAUUGUGAUGGUCUUUAUGGGUAUAUGGGGAUAA